UGGUUUACAAAAACAAUAAAAGUACCAGUAAAACAUUUAAAAAUAAAAGAUAAGCAAUAAGCUAAAAACAAAACACCUCAACAUCCUGUACUGCUGGCUAGGCUAGUCUAAUAAAAAAUGCACUGAGAAAGCACAGUGGAGGUACCUGCCUGAUUUCAAUAAGCAGGGAGUUCCAAAGUGUGGGUGCAAACAUUUUGGAGCUUUCUCAUAUUAAAAGACCUAUGUGACAAACCCCAUCCUCUUGGUUUCAACUGCCAAACAUCAUGUUGUAUGGGAAAACGCAUGCUACAGCAGCAGUGCAUGAAGAUGCUCUCAAUAUGCGUUAGUAGAAACUAUAGAGCUGCUAUGACCAUUUUAAGAUCACAGCCCACUGACUCAGCAACAAUACCAUAAUUUAUUAAUUCCCUUGUCAACAAUUAACCUGAACAUUUUUGAACUGCCACAGGGCUCUUUGCAGUCUAGUUAUUUCCACCCCGAUGGUAAGGAUGCACCAUGAUCCCACUUCACAAAUAUAUGGAUACUCUUUGGUUGUUCUGACACUUGUUUUACCAAAUUUCUCUGCCUGGUGUCCUUUCUUCAUUAAUGAAGGUGGCCCUUCACAAAUGCAUGCUUUGUGUCCAAAAUAGCACGUGAUUGGCUCCUGAAGCAAGGCAUAAAGUAGCUAUGGCAGUUUCCUUUCUAAUUUUAUAGAAUGUUUAAUCUUGGUUGUAUUGGCUGUAGUCACAAUUGAAACAUUCAGUUUUACAAUCUGGAAUUGGGGAAUAAAUUUUGCUGAGUGAUUUUGGUCCAAUCACUAUUUUUUCCCCAGCCUAACCUACACCACAGGAUUAUUCUGAGGUAAAACCAGGAGGAGAGGGAACCAUAAGAUGCUGGCUUGAGCGUUUUGUAAGAUGUGAGUUAUAAAUCUUUCCUGGAAUGUCUGCUUGUGCAAGACAGAACUGCAAUGGUGGAAAAUUGCCCCCUCUGUGAACUGUGAAGGUGCGACAGCCGCUUAGAGAUACCUCUUCCCUUCUAAAGUGACGCUUGGCCAGGAUUGGAGAUGGAUUUGGCGCGGGGGCAGCCAAGCUGCCUUAUAUUACAGGAUUCCGAUGCAUCUUGCAAAGCAGGCCCCUGCUACGUUGUCUGUAACGUGGGAAGUAGUCCAUGCUGUUAAGCGGUUUUAUCUACAUACGAAAUAGCUCCAGCGAAAUAGAACAUCAAUAUGCAUGAUGUCGAUUUACAGGGGGGGGGGAUUUAAAGGACUUCCUUAGGACCGUUCAAUUCCCACCCCCGGUGGCCAUAACACAGCCUUUCUCGGGGUGAAAAAGCAAAGACUACCCUACCGCCCACGACUGCCAUCACCACAGAGUCCCGAGGGCGAAAGACGGCGUUGGCCGCUCUAAAAGCCGUAACACCCCAGUCUCUUCCUCACUCGCCUUCCCCAUGUUAGAAUCUGCCUAACCGGGGGGGGGGGGUUCCCUUGAAAACCACUACCGCCGGGGGGGGGACAUUUUCGAAGGCCAGCCGAUAUCCUCUCUGCGAGCGCAUCCUCCCGCUUUGCUAACAAAAGGGGAAAAUGGCGCCCGUCCUUCUUUCCCUCGCAGACACACUAGCGCCUCGUGCGACGUGAUACAAAAUGGCGCCUCCCGAGGCCCCAAACCCAGCAUAGAGGAGAGUCAAUGUGGCGCGGAGGCGGGCUUAUCCGGCAACAGCCAAUAGACAAUGAAACCUGUAGGUCAGUGGCCCAAUCGUGGCCGUGGGCGGUAUUUUCUGCCGCAGCCUGUCCAAUGGAGCCUUAUACAAGUGCUGGUGGCGGGGCCCGCCCGCACGGCUCUGGGCGGCGCUGGAGUAGGCGGGCGGGCGCUGAGACGGCCGUUUCCUGUCCUGGUGCAUGGUGGUCGGACGGAGGAAUUGUUGGAAAAUUUCUCGGCGAGGUUCGUAUAUAAAUGUGUUUUUACCCAGUGUGCCUUAUUCUAACCGCCGCCAUCUCCGGCUGGGACGCUUCACUCUUGGGUUCGGCCUGCCUUAGUCCCCCUGCGGCGGCGUUGUAUGCAGGGGAAAGUGAGGGGAAAGGGGGCAGCCCGCGUUCGUAUCGCGGCUCACAAUAAUAAUAAAAGCCGAGGCGUCGCCGCCGCCGCCCGCGUUUUCUCCCCCGCCUCCCUCUUCCUCCAUAUUCCCGCCUUCUAGGCCUCGGUGCUUCCCGCUCUUUUCUCCCGCGAUGCUUUUGUCCCCGAGGAGGGAGAGAGUUCUCACAUGAAACAAUAAACUCGGGCCACGGGGGCGCUCAGGCCACUUUCGCGGGGCGUGGGCUGCGGGGGGGGGGGCGCCUCCUUUUGGCGGCUGCGUCACUGGACUGGGCUCGUCUUCCCACAGCAUCUGCGUAGCCGCGCGGGAGGCGCCUCGUGCGGCCCCCUCCGUGCCUCCAGCAUCGAGCAGAUGGGGCUGCCGUCCCUAUAAAGCCCUUCGUGCUGCGAGGGCCGAUUCACACGCGCAGUGCAAACACGGGGUUGGUUGGAACCCGCUAGACUCAUUCCCAUGGAAGGAUGUUUAGGAUGGCAGCCUUAAUCGAUCGCUUUUCAAUCGGUUAGCGACCGGUUAAAUAACACAAGCGAGUUUGGGUUGGCAAACAAGCAAAUAAAUGCAGAUUUAAGGGUGGCAGGUUCCAAAGAAAGAGUAGCUUAUUUGUUUUAUGCUAUGCAUGCGUGGAUUACGAUAGGGACCCUCUGGGAAGAGGCAUUCCCUGCUAUGGAAAGAAAUGCUGCCUCUAAAGUGGUGCCUGUCUACUACAGGCCCUAGUUUUUGAAAUCCUCAUUCGGUUCUGUGGUUAAAAUUCAGUUACAACAAGACUAAAUGUUGAGGGCAGGCGGGAUUUUCUUCCACACUGCACAGUGUUUGGCCAGCAUCCAAGAAAAAUGUGCAACCUAGUCAUGCACAUGUUUGCUAGGAAGCAGGUCCCAAGUGAAUGGGGUUUGAGACUCACUUUCAUGAUUUCAAUAGAAAUUUUAAGUUCAUUGAGGUAUGUUGUGGCAUAGGUGUAACUUUAACAAAUGUCACUUGAGAGACAAAGGACAACGUAAUAGUAUUCAAAACUUAAUAACAUACAUGCUGUUUAGCAAUAGCAUAGCUAUAUAAAAUAAACGUUACUAAUCUUCUGCAUAUAUGCUGUGUUUGGGGAAAACUUCGCAGAAACUUUUAUGAUUUAUUUUACAAGACCUUUUAACUUAAAAUGCUCCUGAACACAGAAUGCUGCAUUUUUAAGCAUGCAUGCUUUGAUUUAUUUUCAAUCAGAUUUAUUCCCAAAGCAGGAUACAAUUUGAAGUUCACAAUGCUCGCAUAAAACAUAAGAAGGACAAGAGAAGUUCAAGAGGCAGCAUAAGAACUAAAGGAUGCUAGUUACAAAGGAUCAAGAACCAGCAUAAGAACUUAAAAGAAAGUUCCCAAAUCUGUUAGAGUGACCCAGUUUGCACUUAAGGCAAAACCAUUGUUUAGCAGUACAUUGACAAGCCUUCAUGAGCCCAAAUACACAAACCCUCUACUCUCACCGAAUUUAGUUUUACUUGCAAAGAAUCUUGGUUUAGUGCUACAUACAAACCAGGGGUCCUGGUUUAAAAUUGAUUAUUAUCAAUGGCUAGUUAACCCAACUCGGCUUAUUUAGAAAUUAGGACCACUGGAUACUGAAUACUCAGCUGAGAAUUUUUAAAAGCAAAACUUAAUUUGACGUGUCCUGUCUACAUGGGAACACAUGAGCUCAAGGCUUAAUGUGGCCUCAUCCACCUUGUACUAAACCACUGGUGCGGAACCUCCAGCCCAUAGGCCUGAUUAGACCUGCCAUGCUGCCAGAUUUUGCUUGUGAUAACACUUCGGGUGAACUACAUCUACCUUUCUUGUGCCUGAUUAUAUGAUAUUGGGUGGGGAAAUUUCAAGCCAUGGCUGCAAAGGAAGAAUCGAGAGCAAUCUAGUAUGCUCAAUUCUUCACUUGCAGCCAAAAUGUGGUGCUGUUUCCAUUAGGCACCUUUUUCUGUUGGCCUGCAUGGUUACAUAAAAAGGCACCAAAUUAAAAGAACAUCAAAUUCAAGCUCUGUUUGCAAAGAGAGAAUAGCAAGGCGCUGCCUUGCCCUAGAUGGCAGACAGGAGGAGAGAGUGGAUGAGCUGGGGCUCCAGUCUUCAUGUCUCUCUAAACUAUAGAAUGUUCUGGGCACAGGCUUACGACGACUUGCUUUCAUGGGUGAGUUUUCCUCCCUAUGGCUUCAGAUUUAAAUUGUUCAAAUAUGAUCAUAAUACAAAUUCAGAUUUUUAGAAAGAAUGAUAUGGCAUAUUUUACACCAAUAUUUCCAGUCCAUUUAAAAAAUGCUAGUGCAUUUUCUAAUAGUUGGCAGAGGAGAGGCAUGCUAAUAUCCUCAAAAAGUAUCACCACAGCUGGGUGUAAGCCAAGGGUGGGCAACAUACAACCACAUACUCUUAUGUGCCACAUGAGUUUUCUAAGCCUAAAUUAUGCUUUGAGAAGUCUAAAUAUUUCACAUAGAUUAAUUCCAUAAUAAGAGUAUCAGAGAAAUAUUUCACUUAUAUUUAUACACUAGAAUGGAAAAUUAAAUAGUUUACUAUAAUUAAAAUAAGUAGGCUUAGUGCAUUCUUGAAUCAUGGCAAAGCUUAAGUGGCACUCUUAACUGUUGAGCAAUUUCUCUAUAACUCUGUAAAGCACAACUUUCAUGAUACCUGUUCUUCAGAAGGGUACAAACCCUGCAUGCGAAAACUGAUAACAAGGCACCACAAAGUAAAAAUUAAAUUGUUUUACUACUUUGUUAUGGGAGUACGUCAAGAAGUUUGUUCAUACCACACAGUUUUUCUUUGAUACCAGAGUUUGUUUUCUCCCCAGCUAUUCACAAUUAGCAUCUCCAGGAAAAACAAACAAACUUUGUUUUGAAGACAUAUCACUUCCAACAGUCACGGAUAUAUACAAAACAUACAAGGCAAUCUGUUUAUAUGACCCCUUGCUUAUUUACCGGUACUUUAUUAUAUUUGUAUACCAUCCUUCAUCUGUAGAUCUCAGGGUGGUUCGCACAUAUAUUCAUUAAAUAGUCUCUGAACUUGCCUUUAGACUCUGAAGUUGUUUCUAAAACCGAACUUUCAUUUAUUCUUCAUUUUCCUAGUAAUAUUUAUUAAAAUGAGACUGAUAUGACAGAUUGCUUAUACUAGUCUUGUUGAAUAGAGGGAUGCUAUGUCAACUAUCAGUACGUCAGCAUCUGAAUUGAAGCAGUUCUCUAAUAUACACAAACUUUUCCAUUGUCCUGAUGAAAGUGAUAUGUUCCUGAGCUCAAAAGUCAAACUGGAUGUGAUGGUAGCAGUUGCAUGUAUUGAAAAAUGGAAGCACCCCAAUUGUGUAGAAUGGGGAAGUUGGGAGGUUUCUGAUUUUAUAGACAAAGGGCAUAAUAAUAAUGAGCGCAGAACCCUUUCCUUGCCCACAGCUUCUCUUCAGCAGAGCCCCAGUAAUGUACAUUCAGCGUGCAGACAGGUAAGCAGCAUGCUGGGUUCAGUGCCCAUCACCCACACCCUUUCUGGCUCUCAAAAUCUUACACAAAUAGACACCAAUUUCUGCAUCAUUGGGCCAGAUUCAACUACCACUAUUCUCUAGUUUGGCUUUUGUGGAAUGUGGGAAAUGAUUACAGAAAUGUGCCACAAAGUUACAAGGUGACCUAAGGCAAGUCACUACGCUUAGCUUAUUAACUUAGGAAAAUGCUUUUGUGUUAAAAAGCAAACAUGUAAUUCUCAACCAUGUUAAGAAUAAAAUAUGUUUCUGUGCAAGGAGAACACAGACUUGUUCUGCUCAUGCAGCUGGUCUUCACGCUCCUCUCCUUCAGCCCUCUGUGCCUUCAAAUCUGCCAAGAAGGUUCAAGGACUCUGGAGGAGAUUUUGGAGGCAUGCAUAGGCAAGGAGAAAAAAAGAUAAGGGCAUGCUGUUCUAGCAGAACUCCACUCCUGCUUCUGUGGAUUCUGUCCCAAGCCUUCAAAAUGGUGGCAGGAUUUUCUUUAUUAAGGUACAGUGCCUGGAUAUCAGUUUCAAAAGUGAAAUAAUUGUCUGUUCCAAAGGGGAUUAGCAAUGUUUACUAAUAUUUGUUCUGUUAAGUCACCAGGGACAUAUUAGAAAUAGCUGGCUUUAUUAUAUUCUUUAAGAAAUCUGAACCAUACUUCAAUGUCAUAUACAAAUACUCACAUUGGCACUCUGUUAUGUGCAUCAUUAUUAUAUUAGAUUUCAAAUAAGGUUAAUUAUUUUGUGAUCUGAUCACUCUAGCAAGGACACUGUAUGGUGGCAUUAAAUACUUCCUGGUACGCUAGUAAUACUACAUUAUAUUAUUUCAGGUUUCUGAGGUUAAAGCUAGCAAUAUACUGCACCGCAUACACAUCAGAGAGCCAGGAGCAGCAUGUUCUAUCUCUGCAGAGAUUGGGAAAGGAAAAAUGCACUUCCUUUGCGCACUCAUCCAAACAAAAGUAAUUGAAGAUGGGUAGCAUAAAUAAAGAAAAGCCUUCUCUCUCUCUCUCUCUCUUUCUUUGUAGUGGUCUGUGGUUGUGUGAGGCUUCCUCUGCACAAGUACAGGCAAAUGGGGGUGUCUCUCAUUGCUUAGCUUUGUGACCUACCGGCCAUGUGGAGAUGGUGCACGUGGCUCCUUUGCUGCAUGGUGUGACUUUUCUUCGGGGGGGGGGGGGAGGAAAGAUCAACAGGACUUUGCUCAGCUAUGUUUCUUGCUAGCCAUGUGGACCUGGUGUGGAUGCGCUUCCUUUUCCCCUUGAAGGGUUAAAAAAAAGAUGGCAGAAGAAGGAACAAUGAGAAUAGCCAUAUUUGUUAAAUGUGGCGAGUAUGGGAUUUGACAGAAGUCUGUGUGGUUUCUGUAUGUGAGAGAGGGGUAGAUGUAGGUGUGGAGUGCAAGUGCGUGAGAGAGGCAGAGGCAUUUGUGCCUGGUUGCAUGUUUAUGGUGAGUGCACAUGAACGCUGUGUGUGCAUGUGUUAGAGAAAGUGUGGUGUGUCCACCUUUCAUAUCUUUCCUGAUACUGGAGAAUGCUGUUUUUAAACAACAGCCUCAUUCUGUGGGGGCAAAAAAUAAUCAGAACGGGCAGAACAUAGUUGACUUCCCUGGUAAGGAGGGCGGGAGAGCAGCAAUGUGCACACACGUGUAAAAAGGUUCCAUACCUCUAGUUGCACCUGCAGCAGUUUUCCAAGUAGAGGGAGCACUUGAGUAGCUCAGAAAAGCAGGGAUGGUAAGGGGCGGGGGGGGUGUUUGUGUGUGUGUUUGAGAGAGAGAGAGAGGUGCAGCAGCAAUGGUGGUAGGUGCCAAGGUGGUGGUGCUGGACACCCUGAAAUGGGGGUAGCUUUGGAGCAGCUGAGGUGCUGCUUGAAGCUCCCAAAGUGUCCAUUGACAUUGAUUGUUACCAUAAUAGAAGGCAGCACUGAAUCUUAGACUGAGUUAUACUGGCACAAAAAAGUUAUCAAAAUGUUUUUUAAAACACUUCUGUUAAUUUACUCAUUACACUCUGAACCUUCAAAACAUUCUUUGAGUAAUAGAACUUAAAAACAGCAACCAGGACUAUACUUUUGUGAGACCUUUUGUGAGAAUGGUCACAACAUCCUUACAAUCUAGCAAGGAUUGUGGUUUGAAGUUUCUGCAUGCUCUCCCUAACAAAGUAUGCACCGUAAUUAUAAGAACUGGCAAAAUGGUAUGUUUUCUAAUGAAAAAUUCCUCAAAAAUAUUACUUGGUGUGAGGAAUACUAUUUAAAAAAAAAUCUGAGUGUCUUGAAUCCAUUGUUAAUAUUUUAAAAUUUUCUCUUUCUUUUUCCUUUAGGUAGACAAUGUUAUUAGCCCAGAUAAAUCGAGACUCUCAGGGAAUGACAGAAUUUUCAGGAGGGGGGAUGGAGGCUCAGCAUGUAACACUCUGUUUAACAGAGGCUGUAGCUGUGCAAGGUGAGUAAUUGGAUUAAUAUCCCAGUGCCAAUCAGUGUGGCAUUCAGGACAAGAAAAUGGCUAUCUUGAUGAAUUUAUGAAGCAUACUAUGACAUUUUGGGUUUUGAAAUGCAUCUCAUAAGAUAAUUGGAACCUAUAGCAAAUGCCUGAACCAUUUUUCCUUGACCCUAAAAUUUAUUUUCUAUAGUGUAUACAUUAAACAAUCAUUACGUUGUGGACAAAUAUGUGUUAUGAACAUCAAGUAAUGCUGAGAAUUUUGUUGUUAGAUGGAGACAACUUGGACAACAUGGAAGGAGUAAGCUUACAAGCAGUUACGCUCUCAGAUGGGUCCACAGCCUACAUUCAACAUAACUCUAAAGGUAUACUUUGAGUUUAAAAUUGCUACAACCAACUAGCUGUUUAAUCAAAAACCAAAUAAUAUCAUAGAUGUUUGCCAUUUCAUACCAAGAUCACCUUACAAAGAUGAAUUGUGUUUCUAUGUAAAUAUCAAUACAGGCUUGAACAGAAGAUCACACAUUUUUUUGUCUAAAGGUAAAAUUCAACUGGCGCACUUGUUCUCAUGGGAAGGGCUGUGCUAAUGGGAGGGGCAGUUUUUGCCAAUUCACCCUUCCUCCUGCAGUCCCCUGUGCCAUAUUUCAAGCUGCUCUGGAGGUACCCCAUCCCACUUGAAUGGAUAUUCAGGGGAACUACAGGAGAAAGGGGAAUUGCCUCCCUUCUUUUUUCAGUUUUGUUAUUGUUUAUUAAAUUUCUAUACUGCCCUUCAUCUGAAGAUCACAGGGCGGUUUACAAUAUAAAAACACAAGGUGUCCACUAGUCAAAAGUCCUUCCGGUGAUCAGAGGGGCACAGCUGGAUUGUACUCAUUUUUUAAUACAGAAUACAUUUAAUACAUUAGUUGUUAAUACCAAAGACACAACACCCUUGUAUCUGUGCUCAUGGUCGCAGACGACUCUUAAUGCCUGCUCCGUGUCUAAACAGGCAUGAGAGAGAAAAGUCUCCAUAAGCAAAUAUCUCUGGACUCACUGUUUAAUCAUUUUAAAUAAGUAGAAAACAAGUGCUUAACGUACAUACCUUUAGAAUGACUUGGGCUACACUUCUGUACACACCUUCAUGGAAGUCAGUUUCUUUGAACUUCAUGGAAUAUACUUCUGAGUGGAUGCAUACAGUGUUGCAUUGUAGGAUACUGAUCCUGUACUCAAGAUAGUAAAUGGGCCUUAUCACUCUGCUCCAAAACUUGGAACAUGUUUCAUUCCCUGAAACAAGGCAGCAGUCAUUAUUAUCUGGUGUGUUCAGGAAAAGCUUUUUAUGGUGCAGGUGAGCCAUACAAGGAUCUUUUAUAGUGCAAGAAAUACUGGAAUACUAGCACAUACUGUGGGAUGCUAAGGAUAAUGAGAGGGGUUUGCUGCAAGCAAGACCUUGAAAUGAUGCAGAUGUGUAAAAAUGUACCAUGGUAUUUUAAGGGGCAGGUUUGUCCUGCUUGAAUUGUAUAAGAUGCUACUUUAGCUGUGACCUUUGGAAUGUGUUGAUUGUUUUAUAUAAAUUUGUUAUAAAAUGUAAAUAAAAGAAAAAGAAAAUUGCUUCUGCAUGUGGUUCACUCUUUCUUGAUUGAGGUUAUAGUCACUUGAAUUUUAAAUGUGCAUAUAUUCCAGAUGGCAAAUUAAUGGACGGUCAGGUGAUUCAGCUAGAAGAUGGCUCAGCUGCCUACGUUCAACAUGUUCCCAUGUCUAAAAGUAGUAAGUAUAUUACAGUGAAUACAAGUUUAAAGCUGUUGACAUAAUGACAGAGUGCAAUAUAAUAAAUGAUUUAAUUGUAACUUUAAAAUUAAAAUACUGUUAUUUUUUGAAGUUUACUCUUUUUAGCAAAUUUAUUUUCUAAUGGUGAUAAAAUGUUAAAAUUGGUUUUGCAAAUCAUAAAUGCACUAAGUAAUUGAAGUGAAAUUUUAUUUUCCUGAUACAGGAGAUAGUCUUCGUUUAGAAGAUGGACAGGCAGUUCAGCUUGAGGAUGGAACUACAGCUUUCAUUCAUCACACUUCAAAAGGUAAAAUGCAUUUGGAAUAGUCAUUUCUAUUAUGUUUAAUUUCCAACUCCACAUUGUUGCCAACUAACAAUAAACAAAUAACUGAAUCAUUUUUUGUCAUUGUCUUAAACAUUAUAUAGUAAAUUGUCAGCUGCUUCAAUAUUCAAACCUUUUGUUCCAUACAAGUGAAGGGAGGUUUCAAAACAGUAUUACUUGAUUAACCAUGUUCAUCCUUUGAAAGAAAUACACACAAAAAUGUGGUCUAUAUGUUCUUUGUUGGUUGGUUGGUUGGUUUAAAUAUAUAAUGCUGUAUCAUAGAAAUAUAUCACAGCAGUUUACAAUAUAAAACCAUGCAGUAAAAUCAUAAAAAAUUAAAAGCAAGUUAAAAGCAAAAGAAUUAAAAACAAGCAUCAGUAGAUAAUUAUGAGGAAUAUACUCUUAAUUGCCUGCAUAGGCCUGGUGGAACAGAAAAGGUUUCAGCAGGUAUUUAAAAGUUGGCGUACAAGGUGCCCAUUGAAUCACUGGUAGCAGGGUGUUCUUUUUUUUUUUUUAAGAAUAAUUUUUUAUUAACCGACCAAUCACAUCAAAUCAAACCAAAUUACAUAAAUUCCAAAUUACACAGCCGAAUUUUAAAUUUUUGUUGGGGGUACCCAUAUUUCAAGUUACUAAGGGAUCCAAUCAACUUCUUGCUUCUUACUGCUGUAUUUAAUGUCCACAAAUCUAACCUUAUGAUGUUCACAGUACUAUCCAGUCCUUUCUUAUUGUUUUUCCACAUCUCUUGUUGUUAUUUUCAUAUAUUUUUCCUUUCUCUUUGUGACCUCUGAUAGUCUCCGCAAGCUGGUUAGAACAGUUUGUAAUCCUGCGUGGAUAUUAUUUUUUUUAUCCAGUAGCCAUAUCCAGACGUUUUCCAUAUAACAUCACUUCCAUACAUCAAAACAGUCUUAGCAUCAUUAAUCUUCACCAAUCUGCCUCCUUUCUCAAAACCUCUGAGGAGAUUCACUAGGAAAGCAGUCUGAAAACAAAUCCGUUCUUCCUCCCGGCUAUAAAUCCUUUGGCAAGAUGGCGACUCCGAAUUAAUUGCUGCGCCAUUCCCUAAAGCUCUUAUUGCUUCUCGGUCUCCAUAAAGCAUACUUUUGGUUAAAGUUUAUCUCCACACAGACCUUAAUCAUCCUGCUUGGGUCAGUUCAACUGACGGUUCUAUGGUAGCAGAGUGUUCCACAGAACUGGGCAGAUGACAUUUCAACAGUUUAUAUACAAUUUAAUUACAAUUGUCUCUUGUCUUUAAAUAAUUUCUCAGACAGUUAUGACCAGAGUGCCCUGCAAGCUGUACAGCUAGAAGAUGGUACCACUGCUUAUAUUCACCAUACAGUGCAGGUUCCACAAUCAGAUACCAUCUUAGCCAUUCAGGCUGAUGGCACAGUGGCAGGCCUUCAUACGGGAGAUGCUACUAUUGAUCCAGAUACCAUCUCUGCUUUGGAACAGUAUGCAGCCAAGGUAAAUUUGAAGGACACCUAAUUUUGUAUGGUCUUUGCUCUGUGAAAUUUAAUAGAACAUAUAAUCAAACUAAAUGUUUACUACACUGGAUGGGAUGAGAAUCAGAUUGAUUCAAAGCAAAGCAAAAGGCAGGUUGGCUGUAAUCAAAGAGUAGACAGUAGGAGAGAUGAUUAAAGGCAGAAGAAAGUAUUAGAUUCCUUUGAAGCUAGUGAGAGAUGGAAGUUGAUGACAGACCUUUAUCUAGAUGGUGAAGAAAAGUAACACAAUCUGUUAAAAGUGAAGAAGGUAUUUGACUGAAAGUAAUAAAAUCUAAUUUAGUGAAUGUUGAGAAGUAGUGCAGCAUGUGAGGCAAAGUGAAAAGUAGGAGGUACUGCAUUUAGGAGGAAGUAAUUCUAAUCCUUGACCACUAGUGGGGAUUUCCCAGCACUACCCAAGAUUUUUUUUAAAAAAAACAAUAUUUUUUGUCUUUUUAAAAUUGAUAGUGUAAUUUGGGAGUUUGGACCCAUCACACCAAAAAUCAGGUGAAGUCAUGCCAAAGUCACAUUUUGGUCCGCCAUCUUGCUUUAAAAUGGUGCCUGACAUCCAAGCUUCAACAAAGACUACUCUCCCUACCUCAGGAAUCAUCAUGCCAAGUUUGGCAACGAUAUCUUGAGUGGUGGUGUAAUCUGUGCCAAAAAAUGAAUGGAGUCACAGUUCAGUCCGCUGUCUUGAUUUAAAAUGGCCCCUGGCAUCCAGACAAAUGAAGGCCAUGAGUCCCACCCUGGGAACCCUUGUGCCAAGUUUGGCAACAGUAUCUUGAGAGGAGGCCCAAGUGAUGUUUCGGUUCACCAUUUUGAUUCAAAAUGGUGCCCGGCAUCCCAUAGCUUUAUUUCAAAAUAUAUUUCUGCUUUUUCUUUAUUUUAGGUGUCUAUUGAAGGAAGUGACAAUGUUAGUAGUACUGGGAUGAUAGGAGACAAUGAACAAGAUAAAAAAAUGCAGGUAUGUAUUAUGAUAUAAUUGAACUGAGUUGAUGCGUGGGGUAUAAAUAUUCUUCUUCUUCUUCUUCAUAAGCUGCCUUAUUUCAUUUUGAAUGUUUCUCUUUCUGUAUCUAAGAAAUGCAUUUUAGAUUGGCUAUGCUAUCAAGUAUAUUCCUCCCAGAGUCAUCUGCCUCCUGAACUAUCUUGCAGAGAAUAAAAUCCACCUAACUAGAGGGGUUUUAAUCAUUUGGAUAUUGAGAAGCAUUGGUGGAAAGGAAUUGGCAGCAGGUUACCUUUUCCUGUUCCCUCAUCUCCUUGAAAAGCCUCUCCAGCAUAGGGGGACCACAGUGAAUGGGUUAAGCUGCAAUGUUUGGGGAAGCUGCUAACUGAAUUGAGGCCCCUUCUGUGUGCAGGAGGGCUGCUCAUAAAAAGGUGUUUAUGAAUAAGUUGGGCAUAUGCAAAAUAAGAUGGGCUUCCUGCACCUCUAACCUUCAACAUCGUUUUUUUUGACACUAUGAAUCUGCUAUUGGGGUCCACUGAAGUGCUAACGAAAUAAAAAUAUGAUUAAAUUUCAAAAUGACUUCAGUUUAACAUUAAAAAUAACUUGCUUUGGUAUCACAUUCCAAAAGCUUUGUCUAACACAAAAAUUAUAGGGGUAGAUUUGGCCCCACAGUUCUAAUUUUUCACUUGUGCCUUUUGAUAUAUUAUCAACUUAAUCUGCAAUGCUGGGUUUAGUACAGCUUGAGCUGGCCAGCACAGGUGGGGCAGGGUGGCUAUUCUGCUGGGCUUUCAGCAGGCACAAUGGGGAUCUCCACAAUGGCUGAGCACCACCACCAAUGGGGCCUUUCAGAGAGACAAUUCUGCCUCAUCCUAACCCUCUCUAGCACUGUGGCUCGGGGGUUAUCAUUACCCUGUUUGUGGAACUUACUUCCAAAUAAACCAGCAUAGGAUUGUUCAGAAGAGGUAUGUAUUUGGAGAGAGAAGUUUCAUUGCCAAAGUUAUGUCAAAACUAAGUAGUGAGGAAACUAAAUGAGUGUUAAUUAAUUAAAGUAGGUGAAAGUGUUUGAAGUAUUAUAAGUUAUGAGUAAUUACAGUAAUUACUGUACCUUGCUUAUAACAGCAGUACCCUAUACUUCCAUUAUUAGAUGCACACCUGGAUGUGCUCUUUCUCUCUUUGGAAAUAAUUCUGUUUCUAUGAAAGAAAGGUACCGAUAUAUUCGUAGUCAAGCAAACACACAUUCUCUUGACAGUUAAAAACAAAUCUAAAUAUAGAAUGCAAGAAUAUGCAAGGUUUUUAUUUAUACCCCACUCUUCUGCCCAUAGGCACCUGGUACCAUUUCACAACAGAAGAAAUACAAAUCAGACGAUCACUUUUCAGAGCAAUUCUUGCCCUGCCAGGGGAUGAUCUGCUGUAUACAACAGACCCUGCCAUACCCUGAUCAGGGCUGAAAUGGGGUCUUUUGGGUGGGGGCGUUGCUGUGUCAACUCCAGGGUGGUGCAACAGAGAAGCCUUGGAUGCAGUUGUCAAUACAGUUGUGUAAUGCUUCUAAAUACCAGUUGCUGGAAACCACAGGAGGGAAGAGGGCUCUUGUGCUCUGGGCCUGCUUCAGAGAUUCCUACAGGCAUCUUGUGCGGCCACUGUGAAAACAGGAAGCUGGGCAGUUGGCCUCAUCCAGUAGGCUCAUCUGAUGUUAUGUUCUUACGUUAAUCUUAGCCCUCACACUAUCUCAACAUUGCUUGAGAGAAGAAUGUAGGUACAUGAGUUAAAUUGACAAAGGAUUUAUAGUAUGGUUAUAAGCAAAUUUCCCUGAAGAGCUGGUGAUAUGCCAUGCUACAGAUCUUUUAAUAUAAUUCCUGGGAUUUUUUCAACAUUUCAAGGAGCUCAUAGCAGUGCACCCCUAUACACAGCUAAUUGUUUUAGAAUUUAGCAAUUAAAUCACAUGGGAAACGCAGAUAUCCACAUUUCAUAGAAAGUUUGAUGUUUCAAUAUAUGUCUGAAAUGUUCAUGAUAUCAUUUCUUUCAUCUUAGAUUGUCUUGCAAAGCCAUAGCACAAGAGUGACAAGUAAAUCACAGUCAAGUGGAGACAAGGCUUUUCGGUGCGACUAUGAUGGAUGUGGAAAACUGUACACCACUGCUCAUCAUCUUAAGGUAUUCACUGAAAUAUUGUUUUUGGCAAUAUAAUGCUGGCCAUAAAGUCAUGCAAUUGUAUAUCAAUUGGCCAGGUUGCAAUCUGAAUUUGUGUCCCUAAUACCACUUAUACCACUGACAUGUUAAGUGGCGCAGUUUUCAUUGUUUUCUCCAUUUGUGACCUUAUUUGACAGAUGAUUAUAUAAAGCACAAUAAUUGUGUAUUUGUAUCUGUGUUUCUGACUGAGACUCUUUAUGUCUCUAGCUGCUCUGGGUAAUGGGGCUGUGGUCCAAAUGGAAUAAUGUUGAAUUGCUGAUAGUUUUAAAGGAGUUGUGUGUUGUGAUAGAGCUUCUGAUUUUGUUUGCUCCUUCAGCUGGUAACUUGCAAACAAAAUAAUGUGAAUAUUUUAAACCUGGUGCCUCACAAUGUAUAUUUAAGGCAUAGAGCUUUUUUGCUAGUUCUGUAGAGGAAGAUGUUUUCUUGAUUUGGGGGCAGAGGGAGCUAUCUUUCCUUCUAAAUAUUUUGACCACAACAUUGUUAUGAUUGUCCCUAUUUUUAAAAACCACCAAGUGCCUUCCAAGCAUUCUUACAUACACAGUACUUCUGUGUUUUUCAGAUAGCAACCAACUUGCACAGGGGACAUAGGUCUGGCAUAGCUAAUUCCUGUUGUCAGGCAUAACCAACUAGAUUUCUGCUGUGGCUUCCCACCGCUCUGUACAAAUAAGAUUGAAUAUACACUUUGCUCAUGUCUCCUGAGCAGACUUCUACUCAGGGGAAAGUCCCUCUGACUUUUGGUGAUUCCUCCUUCCCUCUGCAGCCUCUAGUGUCACCUCCCACACUGUUGCGUAGGGUUGGGGCUCUGUGUGGAGCAUUAUGGGAGGUGGCACUGAGGAUUGCAAGGGGAAGGAGGGAACCGGCAAACGGUCACUUGCCCACCAUCACCACCAACAGGAUUUCUCUGCUGGAGCAAAAGCUUUUGUGGGCUGAUUAUAUGUCUAUAAGGACUCUUUGAGAUGACUGCCUCAUAGGGCCCCAGUUAUGGAGCAGUGAAAACUUAUAUUGAAAAAUGCAUACCACAGCCUGAAAUGAUUGGCCUUUUUCAACAGGUACAUGAAAGGUCACACACGGGAGACAGACCAUAUCAAUGUGACCAUCCAGGUUGUGGAAAAGCAUUUGCAACAGGUAGGGUCGUGGGAUUCCUUCAUGCCCCCCACCUUUAAUUUUUUUAAAUGAGAACUUGUGACUAGCUUUCUUAUAGAUCGAUUGAUGACUUUUUGCAUGAAUGAAAAGAAUACUAGAAGAAAUUGCACAUGUUUAGUUAAGAAGACAUACCUGCUUAUUUUGGGGACUUUUAGAUAUACAAUAGGUUUUGUGAUUGAGUAAAUAUAUGUGUUAUGAAGACUAGGUUAAGCAUUUAACUUUUAAAAUAGUUUAUCAUUCAAAAGGAGAAGGAGGUAUUUCAAUGAUACAGGUCUUCAUAGAGGAAAACAGCAUAAAAAUAGAUUAUGAGGUUUUCUAGAUAUAAAGCCAUUCGACUUUAAGGGGAUGAUUAACCACUAAUUAAUACUACAGUAAAAUUUAUAUUCUGAAGCAGUUUGCCUGUAGGACUUAAGACAGCAGAGAAGAGUCCUUGGGAAGAAAAAGCAACACCACUGAGCUAAAGGAGCUCUGUUGGUCCAGAGCAAUGAUGUAACUUUUGUAACUUUUCUCCCCAAAGACUCUCUUUCUGCUGCCCUUCAGACCUUUAAACUGUGGCACAGAUCAUGUUCUACUCCCUCCAUUUAUCUGCUUGCCCAUUGAUUAAGAUAAGAAAUAUGGUCUAGGAGACUGGUCAGAAUGGAGCUCUUGUAAGAAUUGCUUUACACAGGACAUUGAAAUGUGUGAAUUAGGUACCAAUCUGGUCCUUGGAGGGAAGGGUAAAAAAGUAAAGCGCUGGUUCCACACAUCUGUACCAAACCCAGAACAAAAAUUUGUUUACAUUACCCAUAAUUGACAGAAAUUUCCAUUUGAUAAUGCAAGAAAAGAAGUGAUAAAGUGACCGUUUCUGAAUUGCAAACACAUGUCUUCCAUUUUGCUAGUGUGAAAUAAAUAGAUAUAAAACAUGGAGAUCAAUGGAAAAUAAAGUCUGUUUAGAAUUAAAGAUAUUUAAAAUUUGAGACAAGAUGGUUAUGAUCAUCCAGAUAGUCUUAGAUUUUAAAACAUUAUUUAUACUAUAUUUUUCAAGGUUAUGGAUUAAAAAGCCAUGUCCGAACCCACACCGGAGAGAAGCCAUAUCGGUGUUCAGAAGAAAACUGUACUAAGUCCUUCAAGACUUCAGGAGACCUACAGAAGCACAUCAGAACACACACAGGUACAUGGCAUAUUUAUUGUAGCCAUUGUCUAUUAUUCUGAUAAUAACAGUUCAUGUAUAGAAAAUGGAGGGUUUUUAUGAAUCUAACUUAUUGAUCACAGUUUGACUUCUGCAAUCAUGGUAAGCAUGCUCUUUGUUGAGCUCUUAACUUGUCUAACAAUCUAUUUUGAAGCCUUCAAUAUUUUGAAAUUGCAACUCCUUCACUCUUUACACAAAAUAUUGAACAAAAAUACUGAUAUUUCUGUAGCUGUUCUGACACUAGCAAAAUGUGCUCUGUAUAGAUAGUUUUGGUUAAAAAUCUAGCUGCUGCAUUUUGCAGCAACUGAACUUUCUGUCUCAUAAGUAACAUAUUUUUCGCCCUAUAGGACGCACUUUUUCCCCUCCAAAAAUGAAGGGGAAAUCUGUGUGCGUCCUGUGGGGCGAAUGCAGGCUUUCGCUGAAGCUUGGAGAGCGAGAGGGGUCGGUGCGCACCGACCCCACACGCUCUCCAGGCUUCAGGAAGCUAUCAGCAAGCCUGGGGAGCCCGCGAGAGUUCCCGCAGGGCUCUCUAGGCUGCGGAUAGCAGCCUGCUGCCCUGAGCGCGGGGCGCGUUCAAGCAGAGCGCUCCGCGCUCCGGGCAGGUAUCCGCAGCUUAGAGAGCCCUGCGGGAGUUCCCGUGGCUGGGAGGGGGGGAAUAAAUUUUUUGUUCUUUAUUUCCCCCAAAAAAACCUAGGUGCGUCCUAUGGGACGGUGUGUCCUAUAGGACGAAAAUACGGUAACUAUAAAAACGUAAUGUGUGAAAUGGCAUGUAUUCUUGAAUCUAAAACUUUACUCUAUUUUGCUGACCAUAGGACAAAGUUGCUCAUACAGUCUCUGCUGAGCAGUGCACAAGAUUGCAGAGGUCCUGGCACUUAACCAGGGUUUGUGUACCUUUGGAAUGAGGCAUGCUAGAGACUGUAGUAUCUUUAAGUUUAUUUACACAUAUUUAUACCUGAGCUUUGAUGGAGGGAGUGCAGAACAUUACAUCCCAAGAGUGUCUCUUGUUGCAAGCUUUAGUCCAGAGCAGAAGCCAGUCUUUGCAUACACAGUGGUACCUCGGGUUACAGACGCUUCAGGUUACAGACUCCGCUAACCCAGAAAUAGUACCUCGGGUUAAGAACUUUGCUUCAGGAUGAGAACAGAAAUUGCACCAUGGUGGCACGGCAGCAGCAGGAGACCCCAUUAGCUAAAGUGGUACCUCAGGUUAAGAACAGUUUCAAGUUAAGAACAAACCUCCGGAACGAAUUAAGUUCUUAACCCGAGGUACCACUGUAGCCUCUCUCAACCAGCCCUGCAUGUAGUUCUGGCCCCUCCCUUCUUCGCCCAAGCCUUGUGUAAAAGGGGGCAUUUUUCCCUGUGGUGACAUCAUGUCCCCAGGCAACCUCCCCCUCCCAUCUGCUCUACAGAUGUUGUAAUGCAACUCCCAUCAUUCCUGACGGUUGGCUGUGCUGACUGGGACUGAUGGUGGGAGUUUGAGCCCAACAACAUUUGGAGAAUCCUAGGUUCCCCACCUCUAAAGUAACCAUAACCCAGCUACUUGCUUUCUGAAAAAAGUGAUAAAUAUCAACGGCAGGAUUUAUAAACCGGUUGUGUGACAUUCUUCUGGACGUUCCAUUCCUUAUGUUUAAAACUGGAAAGGGUGUUGCUGGGCGGAUCUAAGUCUGUUUCACUUGUUUUCUGCCUGUAAUUUGAUACACAGCAUUAAGUAAGGAUUACAGAAGCUAUGGCAACAUAACACUAUAGCAUGUACACUUAAAAUCUCAUACAUCUGUUUGGCAGAAAACUGACAAAACAUACUAAGGAGUGAUGUGCAGAGGGUGUUUUUCCCCCCCUACCAAAAAGCUAAUAGUUACCUUUCUGAAUAGUUACCCUUGAAGGUUUUUUAGCUUCCAGUGUUGUAUAAUAGUGAUGGGGUAUUAGAUAAAUAUCUCAGUAAUACAUUGAAUUAUAAAAAUUGUGCUUUCACCCAUCCCUCUUAGGCUUCUCUCUGUGGCACGAAAGUAUACAGAGAUUCGACAGUUCUUAGCAAAAGCACAUGAGAAAAUACAGCACAUCAGCAUGAGGGUACGCCAGCAAUAUAACAUUCAUUGAAGGGUUUUUAAUAUUGAUCAGUAUAGCCAUAUUUAAGAUAGUUGUGUGUAAGUUAAACAGUAGGGAACAGAUGCAUUUUUAUUUUUAGAAUUACUUCAUAGGUGAAUUUGAUAAUAGACAUUUGAACAUGUCUAGUGGUAUACUUACAGGUGAAUAACUAAAACUUUACUUCAUAAAUUCCAGCCACAAUCCAGAGAACCCUAAAGCUAGCAAAAUGAGUCUCUUUGACCUUUUCUUUCUCAAGCAGCAGCUCUUUAUACUCCAUGACGAAACACUUUUGAAGCCUUGGGGAUAUUCAGACAUUGUGGUGGAGUGUGGCAGAAGGGGGGGCGGGAAUCGAUUAUUUGUCUGGGGGUGCACAGUCCCAUAAACUCCCUGAAUUAGCACUCUGGAUUGUGGUUUGUAUCUGAAGAAUGUAGUUUCCUAUAUAACUAGCAAACUGAAAGGCAGAAAUGCCAGCAUUUGUUAAAGAGCUCCCUGCGUUGCAUAAUAUAUACAAAAUGUUUUGCCUUGAGGGUAUCCCAACUGCCCUUUUCAAAACGUUUUGUUGAGUACCAAAAUUACCUUUUGAUUGUUUUUAUGAAUUAUAUAUUAUGCAUUCACAAUCUGAAUAAUGAUGUUGAUGGGCUGUUGCAAAUACAUACAUUCAGCAGCUUCUAGUGGGUUCCUACCCUUUGCAUGUCGAGUGAGAGUAAUGAUGCAGAAGCAAACAGUACUGAAAUUCCUCCCCUGUUGCUUCAACUGUUUAUGGUUCUGACCCUGCAAACUUAAGCUUCCCCAAGUUUAAAAAGUAUGUUUUGGUAUAAAUAUAGUUACAAAUCAGGCAUUAGAAACAGAUAUUCACCUAAAUCUCAGCCAAAACGUAUAGCUCAUAAUAAAAAUAGACAAAAGAAGAGAAGAUUGGAGGUGCUGCUUAGUAACAAACUUACUAUGAAUUUUUUAACAUAUAACUCAGUACCAGUUUUUACAUAUAACUGAAGUGAGGGAGUCGUAAGAUGCUUUAAAGUAAGUGUACUGAUUAGCCAAUUUCUAUUUUUGUUUUCCUAGGUGAAAGACCUUUCAAGUGCCCCUUUGAAGGAUGCGGUAGGUCGUUCACAACAUCGAACAUAAGAAAGGUUCACAUCAGGACACACACAGGGGAAAGACCCUAUUAUUGUACAGAGCCAGGAUGUGGAAGAGCAUUUGCCAGUGCAACUAAUUACAAGAAUCAUGUGAGAAUACAUACAGGUAUCUGAAAGAUAAAAUUUUUCUUAUAAUAAUUUUAGAUGUGACAAAGACUUCCAGUUAUAGUUUUGAAAAUGUAUCUAUUUAUUCUGUGUGGGACCUAUUCUGUUUUGUUCAACCUAUACUGUGCUGCUUUUGCUUGGAAUAUUUUUGAUUGUAUAAACUGUUUUAAUUGUAUGAUUAUAUUGUAACGCAUCCUGGAACAUUAUAGCGAAGGACAGGCGAGAAAUUUUAUAAACAAUAGAAUUCACAUAGGUUGAAAUUGCAUGUAAUGUUAAGCAGACAGUUUCAAAAGUUUCUUUAGCACUGGCCACUUCGUUUCUUGAGAAAACUCAGCCACACAGGUGGGAAUGGGGCUUUCAUCCUUUGCUCCCCCUACUGGUUUCCCAACAAAAAUCUUCAAAGUUGCUGUUUUCUCCAAAGGCACGGUUUUCGCCUCACCCCAAUCCAGUUAAUGACAUAGUUUGGCACCUUGGAUUAGACCUGAUCUGACAUAGGGCAGCCCUGAACCAGGUCCCAAACCGAAUUCAGGAGAGGGGCUUGUAUAGCCCUGAGUUUAAUUAGUUUUAAAAAUACAAAAAUCCCUGUAUAAACAUGUGUUUAGAAUAAGGAGAUAGGGGUAGAAGGACAGACCAGAGUCUCUGCCUUUGUCUCCUUUUCACCACCAACCGCGUUUAAAACCCUGGUGAAACAUGCAGUCACCCAACCACCACCACCACCCCUUUUCAUAGCUGUCUAAACCAACUUGGGACAAGCCCUUGAUUGGCCUGAUUCAGUUUGGGAUCUGGGAUUUGUCCAGAGCUGGCACACAACCCUACUGUUUACUGAAAAAUAACCCUCCUUCCCACAUGUCAAUAGAGAGGAGGGAGACCAAACAUACUUUUAAAAUUGUAUGAUUAACAUAGCAAGUAGUUUGGUCCCAUUUCUUGUUAUGAUGAGCCCACAAUUGUUCUUCUAAUUCCAUAGCUCAAGUACAUUCUUUUACAUAUUUGGCAUUCAAUAAUCUUUAUAUUUCUCAAAUAUUGUGAGUGGGGGUGGCAGUAGAGACAGAGGUUAUUUUGUGUGUGUGUCCUUUUCAGUUAAAGGAACAAUAACAUUUUAAAUUGUGCACACAUCCCAUAUAACAGACUUGCAGAUCUAAUAAACAGAACAGUGUUUGGCAAUUAGAUGCAUUGUCAUGUGCUAAGGAUAUUUUGUAAUAGAGAAAGCAUCUCUGAUAAUGAAUAGUCCAGCUGCCUGAUUGUAUAGAAGGGGCGGGGCUGUAAGAAAGCUGCUUCCGGCUGCCAUUAGCUGAGUUACUGUGAUUUAAGGGGUGCUGUUUGCCACUGGCUGUCCUUUUCUGAUCCUGUAGUGUGGUAAGGCAAACAGAAGGUUAGGAAAGAAGAGACAGAGUAGCCAGAGUGUAGGAAAGCAAGGUUAGAAGAUGAUGAUGAUGAUAAUAAAUUUAUUAUUUAUACCCUGCCCAUCUGGCUGGGUUUCGCCAGCCACUCUGGGCGGCUUCCAACAGAAUAUUAAAAUACAAUAGUCUAUUAAACAUUAAAAGCUUCCCUAAACAGGGCUGCCUUCAGAUGUCUUCUAAAAGUCUGGUAGUUGUUUUCUCUUUGACAUCUGGUGGGAGGGCGUUCCACAGGGCGGGUGCCACUACCGAGAAGGCCCUCUGCCUGGUUCCCUGUAACUUGGCUUCUCGCAGCGAGGGAACCGCCAGAAGGCCCUCAGCGCUGGACCUCAGUGUCCGGGCGGAACAAUGGGGAUGGAGACGCUCCUUCAGGUAUACUGGACCGAGGCUGUCUGCUCUAGAGAAAAUAGCAGAAUUAGAAGUCUGCAAGGGGUUGGAAAUAGAAGUGAUAGAAGUGACAAUCCUUGAAAUGAAAAUGGUAAGAGGCAGAAGUUCAAAUUUUGAUUUGAAAUACCCUGCCAAAUCUUUGGCUGCACCGUCUAAUAAAUAUGAAUAUAAUAUUUCCAGUAGAGGGAGAAAGAUUUGCCAGAAUACCAACAUACAGAUUGCAAGUAUAGGAACUACUUCCUGUUCCCAUAUGCAAAAGCAUUUGGACCACUGUCAUUUUUAAUAUACCGUAUUUUUCGCUCUAUAGGACGCACUUUUUCCUCUUCAAAAAUGAAGGGGAAAUGUGUGUGCGUCCUAUGGAGCGAAGAAGCCAUAGCCCCGCGACCCUCUCCUGGCUGGAGAGGUGACGGGCGGCUAUGGCAGGAGCCUCUAUAGCUGCGCCUCACCUCUCCAGCUGGGAGAGGGUCACGGGGCUAAAGAAGCCCCCCGCGACCCUCUCCCGGCUGGAGAGGUGACGGGCGGCUAUGGCAGGAGCCUCUAUUGCCCCUCGUCACCUCUCCAGCCGGGAGAGCGCGCGCGGGGCUAAAGCAGCACCCCGCGACCCUCUCCCAGCUGGAGAGGUGACGCACGGCUAUGGCAGGAGCCUCUCCGCUGCGCGCCACCUCUCCAGCUGGGAGAGCGAGCACGGGGCUAAAGAAGCCAUAGCCCCGCGAUCCUCUCCCAGCUGGAGAGGUGACGCGCGACUAUGGCAGGAGCCUCUCCGCUACGCACCUUUCCCCGCUCCCCGACCUGCUCUUUGGGGCUGGUGGUGGGCUUCCCCCUGCCAGCCCCAAAGAGCAGGUCGAAAGGAACCUGAAGCCUGACUUCCGGGGUGGCGCCAUCGGUAAUGACGGACUCCCUCUGAUCCGGAGGGACUGGCUCUACGGAAAUCGGGUCUGUUCCGCUACGGCGAAGCGGGGACCCUUUAAAAAAUCACAGGCGGGUGAAGCCUGUGACCGUGGGACUCGGCGGGCACCUUUCACGCCCCCCCAAUUUGUAAAGGAACCCAAUUACGGGCUCCGGAACGAAGCAGGGCAAGCGGCGCGGUGCUGAGAGUCAACUGCUUCUUCUGUGGAGCGAAGCCGCACAGCCGUUACCGGAGAGCGCUACCUUUUUCCUGUGACAAUCUGGCUACAAAAACAACUACCCGUGAGUAGGUUAAAUUUGGACAAUUGGACUCUAAACAAUGACCCGUGAGUAGAACGGAAAAUUGGACUAAGAAAUUCCUUUUAAUUUGGCACUGAAGCGGGAAGGUCUAAACAGGAAGUCAGCCUUCCGCUUUUGUAGAAAGAUUAAAGCAAAGACAUGGCAAGCUAGAGUUUAGAAAACCGUUUGCAAAGGAUCAACUUUCAUCAUUUAAAAUUACUGAACCCCUUGGGAAGCAGGAGAAGAGGGGGGAAUUUUUCUGGACUGUUUAAACCUGCAGAAGAGAGUGUAAAGACAAGCAAUUUUCCACCGUCUUGAACCUGGGAGCGGGGUGUCAGGACAGACGUUUUCGGGAAGUUCAUUGACUAUAGACAAACGUUUUUGACAGAUAGUUAAAAAGAAGAGAAACAUAGUGAUUCCAUUGUUCUCCUUCGCAGUUAAAAGGAACAAAAUAUUGACAAAAUAUCUGAAAAAGGAAACUUUGUUGUUAGAUCUGCUUUUAAAAAAAAAAGAGAGAGAGAUGGAUACAAAUAGAAGUUCUUCCCCUAGAGGGAGCUUGUGAAACUGUUAUUAAUCUGAACUGGGGAGCUUUGCAGCUGCAAUAGAUUAAGAUCGUGGGAUCAGACUUUGACCUUGCACAACAAUGUACUCGGAGGCUCUGGUGCGUGCUUUCUGCAAAACAAGUGCUUUAUUGGAACAGUUACAUGAGAAGACGGAUUUGAUGACUAAUGCGAUCAGAAAUUUUGGACAGGUAGUGGGUAUCUAUAUAGAACCCACUCAGGAAUCAAUUCAGGAGUGUGCUCUGACAGAUCAGAUGAGGGAGGAGGUUGUGGCUGGACCUUGGGAGGCAGAGAUGGAGGGAACUGUGGCCCAGCAGGAACACGAGUUGUUGGAUCUGACGAAUGAACCUGGAAAAAGCCAGAUUUGGAGAGAUAGAGUCUUGUUCGGCUUGGAGAUGGGGGGCUGGAUAGACCCCCCUAUGCAGGGAUGUUUUGAAUUUUCAAAUCUGGCGUUGGGCCGGGAGGAGUUUGGAGUUGUGGGGGUCCUCAACCUUGGAGGGACCUUGAAACAUGCUUUUAAAUACCACAUGGAGUUCAGUGUGGACUAUGGAAAAGGGGCUGAUCUGUCGAGAAGGGACAAAAAUAUUGUCAAGCUGGAGUCUCCACGAGUGAAAGGAGCAGAAGACAAAGUAAAGUACAGGUAUAAAUAUGAAGAAGAUCUGCGGAAGGGACGUGGAAGAGACUUAAGGGCCUCGGACAUAAGGUUACCAGGUUAAUGAACUAGAUGGAUGGGAUAGAAAGGACUGACAAAACCCGAGACCAGGAGGAAGAGACGUUGGAUGAAGAUUGGAAGAAAGUUUCAAAAAUUCUAUUUAGGAAUGUUUUGUAAAAUUAAUGAGUAUUAGAAAAAUGUUGGAAUGAAAUUAUUUGUCUUUAGCAGAAAUGUUAAAAAGAACUAUGUAAGAAUAUGCUAUGGUUAUGAGAAAUUGGUAUAAAUAAGAUUUAAGUUUUACGUUCUAGGGUUUUUUAUGGUAAGAUAAGGCUAAAAUAGAUUAAGGUAAUUUAAUGACAGAAUAUUAUGAAAAGUGGAAAGGAUUUGCUGAGAUAAUUAACAACUAGAAUACAAAAAAGGGAGGUGUGAGGAGGUCGAUGAAAUAAGGUAAUGACAGUUAAAGAUUUGAGAAUACUGGAUCUGCUUUUAAAUUUUUUUUGUUUAUUUCUGCUUUUUGAUUUUGAUGUAUUAUGUGUUUUGCUUUUGCUUUUUGAUUUUGACUUUUAUCGAUUUGUAUUGUUUAAUUGUUAUCUGUUUUUUCUUCUUCUUUUCUUCUUUGUUUUUUUUGUAAUCUUAAAAUUCUCAAUAAAUAUCAUUAAAAAAAAAAAAGGAAGGAACCUGAAGCCUGGAGAGCGAGAGGGUAGGCACGCCUCUGCCUUAGGCGUCUGAACAGCACCUGAACGGCACCUUGUUUGAGAGGGGGGAAACAAGAGGGGGAAAAUUCUCCCCCUCUCUGCGCAGCGCCUCCUGCUGCUUCGCUGAAGGGGCGCUGGGCAGAGAGGGGGAUAAAUUUUUUUUCUUGUUUCCCCCCCUCUAAAACAAGGUGCGUCCUAUUGUCCGGUGCGUCCUAUAGAGCGAAAAAUACGGUAAGUAUCAGUGAUACAAAAAUUAAAAGUGUUGCAGUGCAGAGUAACUUUUACGUGUCAAUGCCUUUUUCACAUUCCAUACUGAAUCUAAAGACAAAUUCUAAAGACAAAGACAGUCACCAAAGUUUAUUUGGUAUAAAUAAUCAUCAAACUGAGCUGUGCUGUGGUUCCUAAUUUCUCUGUUGAAUUAGAGGUUCUCUAAUGAAAUAUCACAUUUUUAUGCCAUUGUUAGGAUAGUUGCAAGAUUUUCUAAAAUCUUUCUAAAACAGCAUAUUCUGUUCUGCUCACUACUUUUGUCAUCUUUCUUUCUAGGGGAGAAGCCGUAUGUAUGUACAGUCCCUGGCUGUGAUAAACGUUUUACAGAGUAUUCCAGUUUAUAUAAACAUCAUGUUGUACAUACACAUUCCAAACCAUAUAACUGUAAUCACUGUGGGAAAACCUACAAGCAGAUUUCCACGCUUGCGAUGCACAAGCGGACAGCACACAAUGACACAGAGCCAAUAGAGGAGGAGCAAGAAGCAUUUUUUGAGCCACCUCCAGGUAUGUGACUAUAUCUCAUAUUAGCAACCUAAACUGUUACACCUUUCAAAGACUUCUUUACAUCUUAACCAGAGGAGGAACUAAAGCACUGAAACUAAGGAAGUUAAAAAAACUUUAUUUGUACUUAGCAGCAAGGGUUUGUUUGUUUGUUUGUUUGUUUGUUUGUUUGUUUGUUGGGUGAGGUGUGAAGUGGUAGACAAUUUAGUACUUCCAAAGCAGUGCCUGCUUCCACCAGACUGGUUUUAGAUCAUAUUGUGUUUCUUUUUGUCCUUUUGAUGCAGAUUCUUUGACCUGUGUGGCCUUCUAUUUUGAAUGCCCCAUAUUUCAAAUCCGGUAAUGGGUGUGUGGCUAUUCUGCUCUGCCUCGUUACACUAGCCAUUACUUCAAUAUAUUAAACUAAUGCUUACAUGGAGCUGUCCACCACAACCCGAAGAUGUAUUUUAGGAAAAGUCACUGCCAGUUCAGCCCCAUCAAUAUUUUUGUUGUCUUGAUGUUUGUUACUUUGCUAGCAACAUAAAUUGUUACUUAGUUGCUAAUUCAUCCAGUUUUGAGAGAGUUUUUGGAGUUCUUAAAUCUGCUUGGGUUUUCACCACUUGGAAUAAUUUUGGUCUUGAUUAAUCUAAAAGUUUAGCCAUUUCACUACUCAACCCUCACUCCAGGUAAUUUAUUAAUACAUGAAAUAACAUUGGUCCCAAUAUAGAUCUUGGGUAGAGCCUACCUCUUGCUUCCCACCAUAGUUAAAGCUGCCCUUUUUUCUCCAUUAUGAGCCACCCUUGCUUGCUGUCUAGCUUCAUAAUUGGUUUUGUCUGUAAAGUUUGUCUUCAAGCUCAUUGGACUGGUGGAAGGGACUUUCAUUUCUCUGGCUCCUUGCCCUAUUGCUGAUACAAUACAAUUUAAGCCCUUUUAAGUAAACUCUGGGAUUCCUAAUUGCUACAUACAAAAAUGGAGAUUAGGAUGAAAGUUUAUAUUUAGCUGGGGUUAAACAUUUCUUUAGAUACUACACUGUUUCAUCACUUGUUACACAAUGGAGUCUCUCUUUUUCCUUGGAAGGAAAGUGUGUUAGUUAAUGAAUAAUUCUUUGAAUGGACCAUUGAUGAUAGUUGUAUCCCAGUGCUGGCAGGCAAAGAUUAAUAUUUAACUAAAGCUAAAUCACAGUGUUUCUUUCUUUUAGAUUAUAACCUAUGCAAACAUGAUAUGAAUGCCAGUCACAAAGGAUAGCUGGCAUAAUUCUUCAUUUCAUUUUUACUGUAGAUUGCAUAUGAACUAAGCCCAUCUUUUUUUUAAUUAAACAGGUCAAGGUGAAGAUGUUCUCAAAGGAUCUCAGAUAACUUAUGUAACAGGUGUAGAAGGAGAGGAUGUCGUUUCUGCACAGGUUGCUACAGUGACUCAAACAGGACUGGGUCAGCAAGUGGCCCUUAUUUCCCAAGAUGGAACUCAGCAUGUGAGUAUUUUAGCAUAUUAAUGCUAUCCCUACAAAAUGGCUUUCAAAAGUGGAGGAGAUGUUUCCAUUUAGUCAUCCCAUUUGAUUAUGCUUACAAAUAUUAAAAUCCCUAUAUAAAACUCAAUUCGUAUUAUGUUGGUUCUAUUUUAAAGCAUCAGGCAUACAACUUAUUCUGACGUAGUAAUAUCGUAAGCACUAAUUACUGACAUUAUUUGACAGAAAGCUAGAGUGAGUAUCUCUAGUAGUUACAAGUUGCAGAAAUAAAUUUUGUCCCUACUUAUUGACUUCUACCAUUAGGACAGGCUCCAGUCAAACACGUAGGACUGAAGAAAAGGGGAGAAAACUAUUGUUUUUGAUGCAGCAGAAAAUGCCCCAAGAAUCUAGUUUCCAUUUUUCCUCUUCUUUAACCUUUGGACAGUUUAUGAAUGGGCAGAAGAUAUUAAGAUUUAUUUUAAUUUUGUAAUUAACAUCUGACACGUUGAGCAAACAAAUAAACGUGGGACCAUUGUAAUAGAAAAAAUGUAGUAUGGUCAUUGAACAAUAUGAUGUAGAGAGUUUAAUAAAGUUACUAUGGAAACUUAAAUUCUUUUUUUUUUUUUAAUGCUUUAACUUCUACUUAGCUUGUUUAAACUUGGUGGUGUUUAUCUUCAAUGCUACCUGGACAGGUUAACAUGUUGCUUGCUAAAAAUGCACAAUACUGUAUGAUUAAGGUCUGUAACUCAAAUGUAAUUCUUUCCGUUUAAUUCAACAAUUAUGUUUUAUUUAAGGUUAACAUAUCUCAGGCUGACAUGCAGGCCAUUGGAAAUACUAUCACUAUGGUAACACAAGAUGGCACCACAAUCACAGUCCCUGCCCAUGAUGCAGUUAUUUCUUCUGCGGGAACACAUUCCGUUGCAAUGGUCACAGCAGAGGGCACUGAAGGACAGCAGGUAAUAUUGCUACUAAAUAUAUGUAAGAAUGUAUUUGUAUAUAUGAAAAUUCUGCUAAGUAUUAAGUACUCCGUGAAAUGCUACUUAGCAUUACAAGGACAAACUUGAAUGAACCCAAGCAAAUAAGCAUGCUCAGCCUCAUUAUAAGCCAACUUCAUUAAACUAGCCAAAGUUCAUUUUAAACCUGGAUCCUUGGUUUGAACAUAACACUAAGCCUGGAUUGCAUUAGUGAAACAAAACUCAGCAGAAGUCCACCUCCCAACCCUUAAGGUAGGGGGGUGGGGUGCAAGCCCAAGGCUUAACUGGAGCUUGUUCAGUUUGUCCAUGUGUGAUUAAAUCAUGCCACAUAUACAGGGGUUUUUAAACAAUUCUUCAGAUAAGCCCGAUCUACUUCUUAAAGAAUAUUAAGAAUGAGAGGCACUUUGCAAGAGAGCAUUUAAAGGAGUAAUCAUUUUUUAUAUUCCAAUGUUUAGCAAAUUUUGUAUUUUUAUUUCAAAGGUUGCCAUUGUGGCUCAAGAUUUAGCAGCAUUCCAUAGUGCUUCACCAGAAAUUGGACAUCAGCAACACGGGCAUCAUUUAGUAACUGCAGAUUCUAGACCUGUUACAUUGCUGGCAACAUCCAAUGGAACACAAAUUGCAGUGCAGGUAAGUAUGGAAUAAACUUCAGAUAGUUAUUUUUAAUACAGAUUUAUUUAUUUUGUCCCUAUGCUUUACAAUCUACGGCAGAGGCGGGGAACCUUUUUUGCAUCAGAUCCUUAUCAGGAUUGGCCUUCCCAACCAAAUUUAACUGGUAGGUGGGGCUGCCCGCCUGUCAGUCACCUGAUGUCACAAUGAAAUCAUUGUGACGUCAGAUGAAUUAGCACUUUGAAGUCCCAGAAUCAGGACUUCAAAGCACCACACUAAAAUGGGGGGGGGGAUCUGUUUUAGCCUGGGGUUUCAUUGCAACCCCCGCCCUGUUUUUCAGGGAGAGAUUUACAUUGAAUCCUGCUGAGCUGAUGAGCAGAGGUUAAAACCUGCUCAAUUUAGCUGCAUGCACUACUUCCCCACAGAAAACUAGCUCACACAGUAUAGUUUUUUUAAAAAAAAUGUUUUUAAUUUGCAGCAGAAAAUGUAUUUCAGUACAACAUUUUGUUUAUUUCAGCUUGGAGAGCAGCAAUCUUUGGAAGAAGCCAUUAGAAUAGCUUCCAGAAUACAACAAGGUGAAACACCAGGAAUGGAUGAUUAACUCCUAAUAUGGCUAAAGGAACAAUAGACUUAUUUACAUUUUAUUUUCAAUCAACAAAGGUCCAUGCCAGCUGAAAUCUAUAAAAAGUUUGACAUAUUCUUGCUUACUAAUACUCUGCACACAUCUUAUGCAAGAGUGAAGAACAUUUCAUGUGUAUAAUGUCUCUGUACAUGAACCUUGGGAAUAUAUGAUGUCCACCUCUUAGACUCUUUCUCUGCCCAGGACAACAGAAUUAGGAUUUUAUGUUAAAUUUUCUUGCUUAUACUUACAUCAGAUUUCAAACCAGAUUACAGGGAAGCAGCAGCUACUAUAGAAAUACUGGGAUGAGUUUUGAAGUCACUCAAAAACAAUGAAGGCAUUGCUGAAGAUUUCAUGAGGUUAAGCUGUAACAACAGUAAUCAUUUCAAAAAUCAUUUGGAAGUGGAACAAUUUUAAAUGUUUCUCACAUACAGAAGAGUUCUGAAUUUUGAGACCUUUGUAAAUAAUACAUUUUGAAGUGUGUUUCAUACACAAUCUGAAGAUUCAUCUUCUUUAGCUUUCCCAUCCCAACUCACAGAUUGUAAAUAAAGACUGUUCAUGCUGGAAGUGCUAAUUAUAAUACAUUUGGAUUGGAUUAUGUACAAAGAGAAGCUUUGUUGUUCAGUAUUAAAGGGAUGUAAAUCUAAUGUUUCUGCAUUUUCCCCUAUCAUCAUUAUCCUGUUUACUAAUUUUGAACUCAGUUCUCCAAAUGUGGAUCUAUAUAUUGCCAAAAUGGCACCAUUCACACACAGGAGGAAGAGGUAUCAGCAGGUUUAUAAAAGUAUUUAAGGAAUAAACACUUUGGUGGUAAAUAAUCAAAACAGCUCAGUGAAGAAAGCAUGCUCUGUGGCCACAGACUUCUGACUGAUUAUUGGGGAGUGAAACAUAAAACAAGGAUGGGAGGGAUUAUUAUGGGAACAGCUGACUGGUAACCUGAACAGGAGCACUCUACACUGCAACAUUUUUUUGCAGAUCCCACUUGUUCUGUAAAUCAAAUUCCACUUACGAUAGAAGUGUAACAAGAUUAUGUACUAACCUAAUUAAAAUAACAGCAUGAAAUAGUUCUUUCUUUACUGCCAGAAUUAACUAGUCCAAACUUCUGUUUAAACUUUAAAUGUGGUGUAAGUAAGAUAUAACAGCUAUGGUGGAGCAAUUACUGGUUAUGUACUACAUUUUGCAAACAAUUGUUUCUGGAGCAGGAUAUCCAAAGGUGCAAGCCCUUCUACCUCCUGCUGUCUUUCAUAAGAUGUGUAUACUUUUCAAACCAUCUGAGAAUUAACUUACAUGUCACUGAUCAAGUACCUGAUUGUGUGAGUUGCUCAGUCAAUACACAAGAUUAGUGGGCAGUUUUACUAGACAAUGGCAGAGUAGGAAGGAAAGAUCUAUUGCUAGUUCCCUUAGGCAGCACACUUUGGGUCCACUUUGUUUAAAAAAGCCAAGUGUAAAAAUGCACUAGCAGAAUAUUAGUGUAAUAAAGCAGCAGGAAUAUCCCAAGAAGCAGGGGAGGACCAGAUACAGGCUAUGCCACUAUAUGCCUAUUAGUGAUAUAAUUUGCAAAGCAAAAGUUACUUUGGUGCCUUCCUCCCAUGUAGUAAUGUCACAUGUUUAGUUUGGAAUGAAUUAGACUUCUCAGAUUGUAGAUAUCCAUUGCUGGGAGGCUUAUUAAGGGCAACAAGCUGGACAUACAUAAAAUUCACUGAAGGCAGAAUAGUACAUAAAGCUGCCUUAUAAAAGCUCUAUUAGUCCAUGUAACCCAGUCCCAGUUCUGUGAACUCUGACAAGUAGUUGCUCUUCAGGGUCUCGGGCAGAGGUUUAUCCCAUCACCUACCUGAUCCUUUUCAACUGGAGAGCCAAGAGAUUGAACCUUGACAUGUGCUGUAUCACUGUGCUAUGGUCCCUCCCCAAAAGAAAUCCUUAAUUUGGGUGGUGCCAGAGACCAAGAUAAGAGCAUAGUAGUAUACAACUGACAACAGCCCCCCCCCCCAAAAAAACCCAGAUUACUCCCAAAGGAAUGUGACUGUUGUGGUUCUGGUUGUGUAAACAUCACACUGCUGACUAUGUGACAAGUGUUCUUUGGGGGUAUGAAUGUUCCAAAGAGAUCUCUGCCUCUACAAUAAUAAUUUAGGGCAAGGAGAUACAAAUGGGACUCUCUAGAGCAUGGAGUAAUCUAGACUUCUCUUGCUACAGUUCUGCUGAGAAGAAAUAUGUGAGUAGUCAAUGAAGAUUACUUACAUUAUCUGUGAUUUUUCUAGGUUCCUUACAAAGUCCUCUAGGAUCUGUGUAAUGUUUAUAUGGGAAAGCACUAUAAUCAAUAUAGUGCUGAGAAAGAAGUCAAAAGAUUAUAACCAUAGCCUUUGUUAUCGUUAAAGGUCAGCAUUCCCUCCUGUUGGGAGAAUAUCAAUAUUGACUUUGUAAGAUUAUGGGCUGUUGCACAUGAACACGCACCCACAGGAGCAAAUACUAAAUUUUAAGAGACAAUUUUGCCAGUGGUAAGGAUGUCAGGGAUUGAAGGCUGUGAUGUCUGAGAAAAAUAAAAAUAAUCUUUAAGCAGCAAAAUGGAACACUACAGCUGCAGUCAUAUAUUCUUACCUGUAAUAAGGCAAAUUGAAUUCAAUAAGAUUGUCUUGCUGAGUAAAGGCAGAGAAUUUGCUGUAAGUAGUUUACUGUGCAAUCCUAUUCAUAUCUGGGAAAAGUGUUGAAUUU